CAUGAUCCAAUAAAACAAUUAGAAAUUAAUAUAGGUUUUUCACCUGUCCGACGCCUGCCCUCUCACUUUACUUUUUGGGUUGUUAGGAAUAUAUUUUUUUCUAGAUGAAUCUGAGCUCACAAAUAUGUUGUGACUUACAUAUAAUUUGACUGUCAGGGAAAUCUUAGGCAGACUGCCGAAUAGAUUCGCAUCGUCGUACGUAAUUUGGCUGGAAAACUCGUCGCCGCCGUAUUAGCCCUUCCGUUGCAUUUUUUUGUCGUUUUGGUCCUUUCCACUGGUGGUAAUGCGUGCAUGCGCGCAUAGUGCUUCCGAGCGUUGAAUUGAUGUUGAGUCCAUCAAUGCGCCAUUGCCCUUGUUGAAGCCAUCAAGCGAGGGCAACCAAGAUGGCAGCGGCUGGGGAGGAGGAGGACAGCUACUUCGCGCGGCUGCUUCUUUCCGUCGAUCCGAUAGCCGAAGCGCUGGGUGCAGAUCCAUACCCGGAAGGCUUUGCGGAGCUUACACUCAGGAAGAAGGUAUGAUGAAUGACAAAUUGAAAGUUUGAUAUUACCGAAGUAGUAUUUAUUAAUUUUUUCAUGGACUAGCUUGUUUGUUACUCUAUUUCGUUAACAUGAGGGUGCUGCUUUUCCUAUAAUCCCACAGCCCAUUCUCGUGUGGGAGUAUGAUUUGAGCAAAUCUGUUGUAGUUCGGUACUCUUUGCUUUCAUUUAUUUUCAUUCUUUUUCACUCUCCCAGAUGUGGGUAACCGCUCGAAACUUGAUGAUCUGGCUCAUCGUUAGCCUUCUGUACCUGUCGGCAUUGAUCGUUGCGGUCGCAUUUUUUUUGCCGGCGAAUAUUGCAGCGCAUGCUGGUACUGAAUUGUGCUACUGGAUGGCGAGGUUUUUCGUUGGCGAAAAGAAUGUAUGGAAGGUCAACGACGCCAACAUUAGCACCGCCUGGAUGACGCUGGGAACGUCGCUCACGGGCAUUUUAGGGUACAACUAUUGGUGAUUGAAGACUCAAUUUAUUACCGCGAAAGGAAGUAAGAGGCGUUGGUCCAAAGUACAGAGACAACCUCCUUCUCUCGGGCUAGGAAAAUAUUUUCAUGGCUACCUUCUUCGUGGAAAACUGACCACAGCUAGUCCUCUUUUUAAGCUUAAGAUAUUUUCAAUACGCCCCUGACCACUAUAGGUAUUGUGCGCACGGGAUGCUGACAGAGCGCGUCAUCUGCUAUAUCUUGGCACUAGCUUCAAUGUUCCAGCUUGGCAAGAUGGUUUUCUUCACGCAGGUACUCCGUGUAGAUAGCGUGGAAAAGCAUCCUAGCCUAUAUAACAUCCACCUUACUGCGGACGGCUUGUUCGAACACUUAGUAGCACUCCAAGAGUACACCUUGAUGAUAUUUCUGUUUCGGAUUACCGAUCUCGAUAUGACCAGUCGACUUUAUUUCGGAACCCUGUCGAUGAUGCCCAGAGACGAGUUUCGCGCCGACGCUUUAACUGACGACACAGUCGCAUUACUACUUAUUGCCUUCUUCGCGUCCUUCCUCGCUCUCGAGGUAUUCGGACGAAGAUACUCCCUCUACGAAAGCGAUCAACUGGUACUAUAAUUUUUCAGGUGUUAGAGCAGUGACACAUUGUAAGUACCUUAUUUUCAAUUGUCCUGUAUAGGACAACAUGAUGUUAAGUUUUUUUCCUUGUUUUGUAAUUCUUCAUCGAAGAAUUUCAGCCUUGUUCAAUGUCCUUUCUCAGAUAUGGAAUUUUCCGCAUGAAGUGAUCGAUGCUGAAAGGGAGUACUACUCGAUUACUGGGCGUCAGUGCUAUCAUCUGCAAAUGCAUGAUGAGGACUGUGUUAUCUGUCUAGAUUCGCUCUCGCAGAAGGUGUCCUUUGUCGAUCCUGGAGAGGAACGCAUGAAUUUCAGUAUGAACCGGCUGCGACCUCAUUGGACCCCUGCUAGCCUCCGCGCGCGAAAGGUGGAGCACGCAGGCGCGAUCGUCGGGCGAGCCGCGCUGAUGAAUGAACAACAAGGGAUAGCCGGAAAUAAUGACUCCUGGGGAGAUGAGCCAGCAGAUCGCGAGGCAGCUGCCCAACGCACAUCGCCUCGACUGCGAUGGCUGGGUGGCGGUCUAGGCGGGAUCGGAAUUGCAGAAGCGGAGGAAUUUAACUCGGAGAACGAAGAUCCAGAUUCCGUCAUACAAGAGUUCGUGAACAGUUCUACCCCUAGUCUAAGUACCGCGGUCCUCUCGCGGCUCCCGUGGAAUUAUUACCUUGGAAGUGGCGGGCGACCGAGAUGUCGGCAGCCCACGUGUGAGAGGCCUUCCUGCGGUGCGUCCGGUGCGACGGAUGCUGAAGAAUUCGAUGACGAUGCUGACGUCAUCGCUGACAGUUCUAGAAGACCCGACCGCUUCACGGGGCAGAAUUUUGGUCGCGGCGUGAGCGGUGUAGAUACUGCGGAAGAUGACGAGGCCGCAGGCCGAGUGUCUGGAGAGACAGACGCAAUGAGGCCGAGUUACUUUGCUGUGCUGUUGCGUCUCGUUGCAGACGGUCUUCGCUUCCGGUACCCCUUUUUUUGGCGGCCGAAUGCUAGGCCAACUGGGCUAGUGCGAUGUCCGACUAGAGCACAAGAACCUGCUGCGCAACACGGACCAGAAGCGGGGUUUCCUUCGGUAGGCGAACACGCGGAAAAGCUUCUGACGGACGACUUUUCCAUUGGUGGGGUGCCGACGCAAGACCAGUCGCCAAGAUCGCUGUCAUCUUCGGCACCUGCGCAGCGUCUCUUUUCGAACUACGAUUUUCCAGCAGUACGAAACGUGUCUCGAUUGGAGCUGCAGGGGCUUCCAGGCGAUGAAGGUGCUAGCGACAGUUACAUGGCGGACGGGGGAAGAGCGGCGGCCACGUCGGCGUGGUCAUCCUUCUGGCGUCGUCGCUUUGGGGUAACCAUCGACGAUACACAGGAUCCGAGCUUCGUGGAUCUUUCAGUAGAUGCGCAGUCCGUCACUUUUGGCUUUGGCCGUGUAGAGCUCGCGAUCACACGCGCAACAGUGGCACCACCUCCAGCGAACGGAACGCAAGGUGGCGGCGCAGGUGCAGGCGGCUCAUCAGGUCAGAUAUCAAACAGCACCCCCGUGUCGAAUGCUGCUGCCCCCGGGAGGUUACGGGGGAGAACGGCAUCACCACCCGCGCCUAAUGCCCGCAACACGAAUGUAGGGCCCGCGGCGUCCCCUAGCAGCACUGUGGGCCGAAUGGCUGGCACUCCUCCUGGCGGGGGCCAUCAAGGCGGCUCUUCCUUGCCGGAACAAACCGGCGGCGCUCGGCGUUCCGCUGGAUCCGGAGGGCGGCGAGGCAGUCCUGACGCGCGGCAAGCCACUGACGUUGUGCAGUAUUCUCUACCAUUAGAUUGGGCAGAACAGAGCUUAUACGGUUCAGCCAGCGCGAUUGCACGGGGACUCCGCUCUCGAGGUGGUAACCUGUUUAGAAGUCGCGGGUCUGCGGCUGGUUCUGGGAUGGAUCACCAGUUUAAUGGCGCCCCCUCCGUAGGAGCCACGCCUCCACGUGGCACAACAAACAGGUCGCGCGACAGCUCGCCGCCACCUUCUGCUUCCCCACGCGGAGAGGGAGGAUUCCAGAUGGAACGGCACUCGGAGAAGAAUGUUCGGCUCACAUGCGGCCACGUCUUUCAUAAGGUUUGUCUUUCCAGGUGGAUUGCGCAGUGCCGUAGUGAGACGAGUUUGAGUGCGCUCUUCGUGUCUGGUGGCGGGCUCACCGCAACCUGCCCUACGUGUCGGCGCAGACUUUCGUGGAGCGACAUAAGUAUGGAGACGGUUGAUAAUCUUCUAGGGUCCGCGUACCUGUUUUUGCUAGGGCUGAUGUUUGUGUUUCCCUGCUGGUAUGUGACGCUUCGGGUUGGUUCCAUCGCAUUCGCGCUUUUCGCGCAAAUAUUUGAGAACAUUCUGAUCAUUCUCGUGAGCCAGGGUGCGCCGCCAGCCGUUUUUUCCACCUUCGUCCUCCAGAAUGCUGCCACCACGGUGGUUGCGGGAACCAAUACGCUCGUUUUGGCGUCCUCGCAUGUGAGGACAAGCGGGUCUUUUUUCGCUACGCAUGCUUUGCCCUUGACUUUGUAUGCGGAGCUGAAUGCUCGGACGGACGCAGUUCGUGCUUUCAUCAGCACUGCGGCAGUAGCUGUGACCGCAUUCGAUUUCACUACGGUAAGCAGGGAGUGGGAGCGGCUGCGCACAGUCUUUUUCGACCCGCCGAAAACAGCCGACGAGGUGGAGGCUGCGAGAUCUGAAAGUUCAGAUGGCGUGGAAACAGAGAUCCGGGAAAGAGGGAGUGAGUUAUCAACUUCAUCUUCUGGCAGUGAUGACAGCCUUCCCGAUUCUGACGCGCGACGAGAAACUAUAGAUAAAAACGGGGAAGGUUUUGACCAGGAGAUUGCGACUUCUAGCAACAGUAAUGAGCAAGCACAGAAAACAUCAGCUGCCUCAGCAAUAUCAUCUGCUGCAAAAUCGAAUGCGGCCCGUUCGAUUGAAGCCGCCGCGGCAAGGCGAAGGCACUUGGGAAAUCAGCUAGCCGGGCUGGGCCCCGUUGGACUGGAGCACGAUCUGCGGAUCGACGUGCAAACAGGAAUGUCGGACGCUUUGCGGCAACGUGAGGAGUUUAUGAAGGAAGGCGAAGACCGACUCUUGAGCGAGUUAACUCAGCGCUUCGAAGAUUCUGCCGAAUUCGUAGACGAGAGCCUCAGAAACAGCGGUCGCCUUGACUGGUUGAAGCGCAACUUUUGGCAGUCCGAUCAUAUUCAGCUGUCGAAGAGCCACGAGACCAAGGCAGGGUUAAACAAGGUCGGAGAGACGCAAGUCGUGCUGGAGUUUCAUGCGAAACAGUUAGGCUGGCUCAUGCCCAGCAACGCAACAAAAGCAGCCGAUGCAGCGAAGAGAGCAGCCGCUGUCGGGGUCGUGGCGCGUGGUGCGUCUCCUGUGGCGAGCAGUGGAGAAACGGCAAAUGCCAAGAGCGCGACAACAUCAAACGAGGAUGGCAGCAAGAGCAGCAAGAAUGAGAGGGAAGAUGGACGAUCUACCGCAAAUUCUCCUGCUCUGUCAUCACCGCAAGACGAGAAACCGGAAGAUGCCGAAUCUUCGUACGAGGGUUUGUGGUUCGGAUCCAAGCGACGCGUGCUGCGCGCGGUUUUUGGUCGGUACUGGACCAAUCUCUACGCGCUGGUACGAAGUGUCAUGCGGAACCUGUCGUACUGUCGCGUCUUUGUCACGUCAUUGUUUCGGUAUUCUUUCUUGCGAGAGGAAGCGGUAGUUACAGAUCUAGUAGAUGGCGCAGGCCUCAGCAUAUCAAAUGCAACAGCGCUUGGUGGAGAUAGUGCAGCUUUAAGUCAGAGAGGAGGUGAACAGUCAUCAUCUUCCGCUUCUGCUACCUCCACGACAACAACGACGGCAGCGUCAGCGCCGAAGGGAUCCGCUGCCGAGCUCGAGGAACAAGUUGACCUACGAGGCAAACGAGCGAUGGAUGUGCUGAAGAAAAUUCUAGGUGAUAGCCAAUUACGAGAGGCUUCGCAGAGUCUUAUUCGCGCGCACAUUAGUGGCGGAGACACAGCGGUUCUUUCUUUCAGUUUCCCUAUUCCCGCCCUCAAGGGCUCCAAGCCUUCUCAGAGUAAGAGCCUAUCGUCUACUUCCACCGGUUCUCUCGACGCCGACCUAGAACGGAGAGAAAGAAACGGUGAAUUCACGCGGUACGAGCAGGAAAAGAAGGACGAGGCGGUCGCGCAAGCGAUGCUCAACGCACUAGACAAGUUUGCAGGGCAAGACUACGUCAUGGCCAGCGGAAGCCGCGUUCUGCGCCUGCAUUCGGGGGCACGAGAGCGUCUCGAAGGUCUCCAGGGAGCCUUCCAGCGCAUUCUAGCUUGCGACAGCCCUCGUCUAGAGCAAACGGUCUUAGUGUCAAUAGCGCUGCCGAACGGCAAAGAAAGACUGCUACAAUGCGUCAAGGAAGGGCACGAGGAGGAACAAGGGGGAAAAGGGACUCCGGUGCCGCCGGCGUUGGCAGGAGAAGGAGCUGCAGCAUCCGGAGUAGAUUCAACGGUAGUAUCCCGACCAGUGCAAUUGCGGGAAAUAGAUCAGGAAGGCGCAAUUGUAACGGCCAUUGCACCUGCACUUCCCGCUUUGGACGGAAUUUUUGACACCAGUCUGAGAGCUGUGCCAGGAGCGGGCGGAAAGACCCUGAAGGAGCAAGAGGAGCGGUUUCUAGGCGCGCUGCUGUUUAGUGCUGACCUGGACCUGGCUGUUUUCGCACAGCAGGCAUCGGUACUGCUUUUGGGGACCCCCUUUGAAGUUUCCUCUUUUUCAUCGGCAGAACCAAGAAUAUCGAAGAGUGACUCGAGUGCGCAAGCCUUGAUGGCACUGCAAGCGCUGGUAAACGAUGAGGAAGCGGACAUAGCCUCUAGUAGUGACGCAGCAUCGGGUUGGAACAAAGUUUCACUCCUAAUUGCGCUCGUGAAUACGGCGCGCGCGCAAGCGCAAGCAGCAGAAGGCGUCUACGAUCCCGGCGUCGUGAAUCAAGUCACCAACUUCGUAGAACAGCUAAUCAUGGAGGAAACUACAGCCCCUGCCAGCAGACUUUCCACUAGCUGGACUGAGUUGCUUGGUCCAUAGUCAACUCUAGAGAUCAAUGAGAUGGAGUUUUAUGGGCGAUCUCUCGCGCUUCUCAGAAACUACUUGACAGAAAGCUGCUUCGAUCGCCAAAGAAGCAGCGCCUCGUGCCGUAUAUUUUUUGACGUAAGUACCAUUUCCGAAUUUAUCGUAGAUUUUCCACUAGUAUUUUCCACCGAUUAUUUUUCUAGACUCUGUAAGGUGGUACCAAACGUACCACCGACCUUGGAUUAUCACUCAAAGACCUUCAUUCUGUGGUGAAUCUUUAUCACGCAUAAUUCGGCUGAGCCCGCGUCUUUCCCCAAUGAGUCGCUCUCUUAAUCAACGCGAGGACAAAAAAACCAGCACUAGUAUCGUGCGCGAGACGCGACCAAUAAGAGUCGUGAUCUUCUCUUCAU